ACAGCACGCAGGCGGAACCUCUGUGACGAGGGCGGCAAAGAGGAGGGAAAUUUUAAAAAGUCCGGACUGCCUGGUGGUGACAGCACAACUGAAUCGCUCUAAGAAAUCAGUUAGCUACAUAAAAGCGUUUGGAAAUUACACAAGCAGUCUAGAAAUAUUAGAUACAGAUGCAUAAUUGCUUCGAAACAAGUAUCAUCCUCUAUGUGACACGAUGGAGAGUCAUUACGACCAGAUUUUAGAUUCACCCUCAAAAAACAGUUACAUUGGGAGCUAUUACCAGCCUCCAGACAGGAUACUUCCAAAACCAAGACAGCUAGAGCUCUCUGCACAUUCAUCUGUCAGCACGGACCCACAGAUACACAGCCCUCAGACGUCGCAGACUAAACCUAAUAUUGACAGCAGAGCUGUUGUUGAUGCACUGAAGACCCUUCAGCAGAAAAUCCGGCGGUUGGAGCUGGAAAGGAAACAAGCAGAGAGUAGCUACCGGCAGUUUUCCCGGGAUGCUCAGAAUCAUCACCAGGUCACAGCAUCUUACAUGGUGCCCUGUCAGCCAGCAGCCAGCCUCCCUGAGACAGAUAACUCUAGCAAAAAAGAGUUGGACUCAAAACUGCACUCUGCAGAAGCUCGGUGUAAGGUUCUUGAGAAGCAGCUGGAUUACAUGAGGAAGAUGGUUGAAAAUGCUAAGAAGGAGAGGAAUGCUGUCAUGGAGAAUCAGGCUUCUUUGCAAAAGCAACAACCAAGCAGCUCAAACCCCCAAUCUCAGUGUGAAAAGCUGGAGAAACUUGAAUCAGAGUGUCUUAAAUUGAGUAGAACCCAAGCUCUGGCAGAGACGAAGCUUGCCAUUCUGGAACAAAAACUACUGAAAGAAGAGCAUGAACGUCAGCUUGUGCAGGAGAAAGCAGACAAGCUGCAGAAGGAGUUGGACAUCAAUCUUCGAUUGUCUCUGACUACUACAGAAGAGAUAAAAUCAAAGAGGAAAACAAAAAAGACCACUAAGAAAAUCUCCGGACAGGAUGAGUUAGCAUCACCAAGCAGCCCAAGGCACAAAAAAAUGCCCUUUGUUGCAGGGACGUCAACGAGCCCAAGCCACUCAGUUCACGCCAACAUACAAAGCAUACUCCACAUGAUGAAGCACCAUCAGCCCCAACUGUGUGAACAAGUGAGUGCUCUGCAGAGAUCUGGUUGCAGAGUUAAGAAAAGCCUCCAGAAAGACUUUUCUCAAUCUUCCAAAACUUCCCACAAGCCUGACAGGGAUCCCGAACAAGCAGAUCAGCCACUGGGCUCACUUUCUGACCUGCUCCUGGCUCUGCAGGAUGAGCUAGGACAAAUGAGCUUUGAGCAUCAAGAAUUGAUGAGUCAUAUAGAUGCAACCAGUCAUCAAGAGCAGAGGCAGGAUCUGCAGAGAGAACUGGAGAGGUUGGUCGCCAGGAUGGAGGAGAAGGGAGCUCAGAUCACUAAGCUCCGCAAACACCAGCAGACGGUCCAUAAAUUGACCCAAAGCCAACCACGUGCUGUGAAACACACAACCAACAAGUCGAGUGGGAUCAAGCCCCCAAUUCCUUCUCCUGUUAAGGCUAAGAAGAAAGGAAAGAAAAGUGGGGCCAUUCAGAACAACCUGCAGCUUCUCAGAGAAACGCAGAAGUUCAGAAACAGCCUAAAACAAGAUGACCUCUCCUGGGAAACAUGAGCUUCUCUUAAAGAUUUUUCUCUGUGUGGACUUUGAUACCACAGCUGGCUGAAUCGCAGGACUCCCCUGUGGUUCCGUGCCUUCGUCUUUCCCUUCUCUUCAGAUGGACUCUGAUACAAGUCUAGUAAUAAAAGAGGGAAUAAAGUGUGUUUUUUGUGUGUUUUUCACAGGACCUAAACACCUGGGUGAUUGACUGGAUGAUUAACUUAAAUGAAAUAUUGUACAUACAGUGUCCUUCAUAAAUAGAUGAUCUGUGAUUCAUGAGCCAUGACCUUACAUCUCAUCUCAUAUGAAUUUUGGGUAAUCUAUUUUUUAACAUUUAAUAAUAAAGAUUAUUCUCUACA